CGCGCGUAAAAGGGCGCAGUCAGAGCGAGAGUGGGUCAGCCUUCCUCUCGGGUCCCCGCGUUCAGCCAUGGCUUCAACAGCCAGCGCCGCCCCAGGCACGGAUGACGGCGGCCGCAGGAAGCCUCGCCUGGCGGCGUCGUUGCAAAUCAACCCCAGGCCCAGCCCCUGGCAGCCCUCAGCCAGCCUGGGCCAAGACCCCUGGGAGCCCGCGGUCGCCCCCAGUGCGGAGAACGCUGACGACAGGGACGGGCAGCCCCAGGCCUCGGCAGCACUGGACGGUGGGCCCAGGGCGGGGACCGGAGUCAGGGAGCUGGGGGCAGCCCGGGCACGGGAAGACUUGGGGGCACGGAUGGGGAGGUCCCCCAGGGUCUCUGUCCUGCCCGCAGGGCCCGCCGGGGACCUCCCGAGGCCGGCCCGACAGCUGGGCCUGCAGCUCAAGGACCCGCCGCCGGGCCAGGCCGUGGCCUUGCUCACGCAGUACGCAGCCAGUCUGGGCGUCUCCCUGGUCUUCCGAGAGGACCAGACGGCAGACCCCUGCCUCCCGUUCUCCGUGUGCGCAGAGGUGGAUGGCCUGCUCUGCCCCUCAGUCAAGGCCAGCAGCAAGCCGGAGGCCAGACAGCAGGCGGCGCUCUCCGCCCUCCGCUACAUCCGGAGUCAGCUGGGGAGCCCAGAGUCCCCAGAGACCCCCAGCAGGCUUCCCCUCGAUCCUCUGAGCGUAGAGAACUUCCUGACCCACGAGCAGCGCUGCGCGGCCAUAGUCAGCGCCGGCUUUGACCGUCUGGUGGACAAGACCUCCCCAUACUGGGCCUGUAAGGGCACUGUGGCUGCGGUCAUCCUGGAGAGAGAGGUCCCCGGCGCCAGGGGCCACGCCAAGGAGGUCUACCAGCUGGUGGCGCUGGGUACAGGCAGCAGCAGCUGUGCCCGCCGGCUGCAGUUCUCGGGCCGGCAGCUCCACGACGGCCACGGGCUGGUGGUGGCCCGCCGGGCCCUGCGCAGGUUCUUGUUCCGGCAGCUCCUGUUGGCGACACAGGGUGGCCCGAAGGGCAAGGAACGGUCGGUACUGGCCCCCCAGCCUGGGCCCGGGCCCCCCUUUGCCCUCAAGCCCCGGAUCUUCCUGCACCUGUACAUCAGCAACACCCCCAAGGGAGCUGCUCAUGACAUCUACCUCCCACCAUCCGCUGAGGGCAGCCUCCUGCACAGCCCGUCCUCCCGCAUGCAGGCCCACAUCUGCGGGGAGCUGAGGCCCGUGUGCUACAUAGCGCCCGCCCUGCGCAACACCCACGUGGGCUGCCUCUCCACCAGCGACAAGCUGGCACGCUGGGUCGUGCUAGGGCUGGGGGGCGCCCUGCUCGCCCACUUCCUGCCUCCCCUCUAUGCCACCAGCCUUGUCCUGGCCGACCCCUGCCACGACCCCACAACUCUGAGCAGGGCCAUCCACACCCGGCCCAACCUAGACGGGGUCUUGGGGCCCUAUGCCCGUACCACGCUGCACCUGUUUGCAGGGCCCCCUGUGGCCCCCUCGGAUCCUACCUCCAGUGCCUGCCAUGGCCUGAGCCUCAACUGGAGCCUGGGGGACACCGACGUUGAGGUUGUGGAUGUGGCCACCGGGCGUGUAAAGGCCGAGGCCUCCCUCGGGCCUCCCUCCCGCCUCUGCAAGGCAGCCUUCCUCCGGGCCUUCCGCCAGGCUGCCAGAGCUCUCGGGAAGUCCUGCCUCCUGGCCUUGAAGACCUACGAGGCAGCCAAGGCUGGACCCUACCAGGACGCUCGCAGGCAGCUGUCUCUCCUCCUGGACCAGCAGGGCCUGGGGGCUUGGCCCCCAAAACCACUCGUGGACAAAUUCAGAGACUGAAACCGACCUGCUGAAGCGGACGAGGUCCCCGAGCCAAGCUGGACCCUGCUGUCUCUG